UUUUGUGUUUUGGACUACAGGGCCUUUGGUGAACGCGUCGGGAGUGAUUGGACAUGGUGCUUGGCUUGCUGGUUAUCAAAUGGCCUAUGACACUUCAAAAUCAAAGCUGACGAAGAAUAAUAUGGGAGUUGGAUUAACAACGCGGGAUUUUGUUCUUUUUGCAAAUAUGAACGAUGGACAGAUAUUUGGUGGCUCAGUUUAUAAAAAGAUAAAUCCUUCUCUGGAGUGCGGAUGUACUCUAGGCUGGACUGCUAGCGCCAAUAAUACAACUAUAGGAUUGGGUGCUAAGUAUCAGUUGGAUUCCGAAGCCAGUAUUAGAGCUAAACUUAACAAUUCUAGACAACUUGGUCUUGGUUAUGAACAGAAAUUAAGAUCUGGAAUAACUCUGGGAUUGGCAGCCUUAGUGGAUAUGAUGCACUUUAAUCAGGGUGGACAUCAGAUAGGAAUAUCUCUUCAGCUGGAGGCGUAAACCAAACCAAACCAAAGAAUAUCUAUAUAGAGACCUGAUAAAUCAAGAUUUAGUGUAAUUUGUUAAAUUUAUGAAAUACAUCAUAUAGUUAAUUUAA